AUGACUCUGUACUGGAAUGUCCUGAAGAAUCCAAGUGAUUCCACCAACCACAUUCUUGAAUUUGGUUUAAUAUGCGUCAAUGCAGGAUAUUGUGCUAUUGGAUUUGAUCAUCCUCUUGACAAGGGAAUGAAUUCCAUUGACACCAUGUUUGCCUACACAAUUUCUGGAACUGCCUAUUUGAAAGAUGCCUAUUGUAAGACCAAACAUGUGUUUCCAACAAUUGAUGAAUUGAGUGGAGGAACCAAUGAUUAUUUGGAAACCAAUGGAGGAGUCAUUGAUGGUCAGUAUCAUUAUAGAUGGAGCAGAAAAGUCAAUACUGGAGAUUCCCAAGAUGCCACUUUCAAGAAUUCAAAUGUCUAUGUCAGUUGGGCAUAUCACACCAGUUUAACUUCAAUUGGUGCUACUCACUCUGAAGCUGGACAGAACGUUCAGGUUAAUUUUCUUGCCAACUCACCAACAGAAACUUACCUUUCUGGAAUGAUUUAUAAUUCUUCGUCUCCCUAUCCUACUGAUUCUUCUAAUGAUUCUGUGGUAACCAAGUUAAUUCCAUAUGAUUUUCUAGGAGUUUCCUACAUUAACAUGUUCCUAGAUUUGACAGUUGGCGAAAUGAUUGUCAUUUCAGUCUAUUGGGCAUUGAUGGUGAUCUGGUUCAGUUAUGGAGUUGUAAAUCAAGCAGAUCCUUUCAUUCCAAGAAAGAUUUCUUCUGGAUAUGUACAAAUGAUCAUUUUGAAUUACAUUUUCCUGUUCAUUCCUGUAACUAGAUAUAAUGUCUUGCAAGCAUUAUUCGGUAUUUCAUUUGAAAGGUCUUUGAAAUUCCACAAGUGGCUUGGUUUUAUGAUUUUUGGAUUUGCUACUGGACAUGGUGUGACGGAAUUCGUUUCAUUCAGAGAUAACAUACCUUACAUGUUCUCUGCAGAGGAUCAAUUCCCACUAUUUGGAAUAAUUGCUUGGUUAUCUCUUGGAUUAUUAUUGCUCUUCUCUUUCAAUCCUAUUAGAAGAAAGCUCUAUGAAUUAUUCUUAGUUUUCCACAUUCCUCUAACUUUGGUCACUGUCACCUUCUCAAUCAUUCAUGGAGAAGGUUGGAUUAAUUUACUUCCUUAUAUGGGAUUUUCAAUUAUUUUAAUGGUAAUUGAUUGGGCUUUGCGUUUAAUUAUUGGAUUUGGAAUUCCAACCAAGUUGACUCAGAUAUCAUACGAUGAGGAUUCUGAAGUAACAACCUGUGUAUUUGAAAAAAGAUUCUUGACAUUCUUCCAUGAUCCAAACCAUGCUCACUAUGUUUUCGUCUACAUUCCACAAGUUUCCAUCUACCAACUUCACCCAAUGACAAUCAGUUCCUCUGUAAAGCUUGAAAAUGGAAAUCAUCAAUUCAUAUGCCAUAUUAAACGAAUGGAAGGAGGUACAUGGGCAGCCAAGCUUGCUCAAUUGGCUAAAUCUAAGAAAAUGGUUUCUGAAUACUACGGAGUCAGAGUGGAAGGAGCAUAUGGCAACUUGUCAAUUCCAUUCUUUGCAAAGAAGAAUGAUCAGAAGAGAACCAUUGUAUUCAUAGUUGCGGGAAUUGGAGCAACUCCUUGUAAUGCUAUUUUGACAGCACUAGAAGAUCCAAAAUAUAACGAUCCAACUCCUUAUAAGGUAUAUGUUAACUUUACAAUGAGAAAUGAGGCAACUUUGGCCCAAAUGAGUAAGAUUAUGCAACAGAAACCAAAUGUUGAAUGCUCAUUCUAUGUAACUGGUGUUAAAUCUGUGAAAAAAUCAAUAGAGUUAAUGGAGAAGGGUCAGGAUAAUAGCGAAGACAAGAGAUUUGUCAGAGGAUCAAGACCUAACUAUGUGGAAUAUUUGGAAAAGAUCAAAUCUCAAAUUAUUCAAUCAAAAUCACUUGAAUAUGUUUCUGUUUUUGCUUGUGGUCCAUCUAAAAUGAUGAAUGCAGUGCAUAAUGCUGUGUGGACAUGCAGUGAUUCAUCUUGCCGAUUCGAGUUGCACAAAGAAGAAUUUGAAUUUUAA